AUGAAGAGUUCUCAGCCCAAACCAAGUCAGCCAUCCAUCAGCAGGUUCUUCAAACCAUCUCCAAAGAAAGAAACUCCAAAGCCUCCAAAGACUCCAGAAGUGGAUCAAGAUGAGCUAAGGCAAGAUGCACUCAAUGCUGAAUUAGCAAUACAGAGGAAAUCUCAGUUCCAAUACAAUAAAUCUCAAAGUUCGCCACCUUCACAACCAACAACUGAUCAAAUCAUAAGGAGAGAAAACUAUAAGGAAAAAUUAUCUCAGGUGUUUAAUUCAAAAGUUGAAAAGCCACCUAUUGAUUCAGAUAAUGAUGAUGAUGAGGCUGAACCAACACCACCUCCAACUAAAAGGCAAAAAACAAAGGCAACUUCAAAACUGACACCUUUAGAUCAACAAGUUAAAGAUCUUAAAUUACAACAUUUGGACAAAAUACUGGCAAUUCAAGUUGGUUAUAAAUAUAAAUUUUAUUGUCAAGAUGCUGUUAUUGUUCAUAAAAUUUUAAAUAUAAUGUUGGUUCCAGGGAAAUUAAAUAUCAUUGAUGAAUCCCCAACUGAUAAAUUAUACAAUAAGUUAGCUUAUUGUUCUAUCCCUGAACCAAGAUUGCAUAUUCAUUUACAAAGAUUAUUAGAUAAAGGUUUAAAAAUUGGCAUUGUGGAUCAAACUGAAACAAGUGCAAUUAAAUCAGUUGAAUCUAAAUCUUCAAAUCUGUUUAAAAGACAAUUAUCAAAUGUCUUCACAAAGGGAACAUAUAUUGAAUAUGAUGAUUCAAAUAACCAAAUAAAUGAUAAGAAAUUAGAUUCUUUAAUUUCAAUUCUGGAAACACCAUUAAAUGAUAAUAUGGUUCAUUUCACAAUGGUUUCAAUCCAACCUUUAGCUGGUGAAAUCACUUAUGAUGAGUUCGAAGAUGAUUUUCUUAGAAAUGAAUUAGAAACAAGAUUAUUACAUUUGGAACCAAUUGAAUUUAUGUAUUUUGAAGAUAAUUUAAGUGAAUUAACAAAUCGUACAUUGGAAAAUUUUAUCACAUCAAAUUCUCAAAAUAUCAGAAUAAAUAAAAUUCCAUUCUUGAAGAAAAAUUUUUAUGAAUCAUAUUUAAAUGAUUAUGUCUUGGAUGAUUCUAAUUUAUUUGAAUUCAUUUCCACAAAAUCAAUUAAUUUCCAAAUUUGUUGUUCAAUUUUAAUAGAUUAUUUAAAAGAAUUUCAAUUAGACUCUUCUUUCAAAAUUGUUUCAAAUUAUUUAAAUUUUGUUCAAUCAAAUCAUAUGAUUUUAAAUUCAAAUUCCCUAACAAAUUUAGAAAUUUUCACAAAUUCAACAAAUAAUGAACAAUUUGGGUCUCUACUUUGGUUGAUGGAUCAUACAAGAACUAAAUUUGGUUAUAGAUUAUUAAGAAAUUGGAUAUCAAAACCAUUAACAAAUAGAGAGGAAAUUGAAAAAAGAUUUGAUGCCGUGGAGAAUAUUCAAUCAAAUUUCAAUCAUUUUUUGGAAAAUUUGGCAAAUUUAUUGAAAAAUUCACCAGACUUGGAGAAAAUUUUGAAUAGAUUACAUUAUGGGAAAGUUAAGAGAAAAGAAUUAUACAUUUUCUUGUUAAAAUUUGAAGAAAUUACGAAUUUAAUUAUUAAAUUUGGUAAAUAUGAAAUUUUAAACAGUUUAAAAUCUUCAUUAUUGGAAGAUUUAUUUCAAAAUUUAAUUCAAAUUUCAAUUGAUUUAAACAUUUCAAAUUUCAUCUCCAUGAUUAACUCUCAAUAUGCAAUGGAUGAUCAACAUUCAAAUGAUGAUCAUAUUUUAAAAUAUUUCAAUUUAAACACUUUGAGAAUUAAUCAAGAUGAAAUUAUUACUCAAGAUAUUGAAAUUUCAUCAAUUAAAGAUCAAUUACAAGAAGAAUUAACAAGAGUUAAAACUUUUCUCAAAAGACCUUCAUUGGAUUUCGUUACAAGUUCAAGAGAACCUUACUUAAUUGAAGUUAGAACUGGUCUUGUUAAAAUCAUCCCGAAAGAUUGGGUUAAAAUUAAUGGAUCAAAAUUAGUGUCAAGAUUUAGAACUCCCAAAACAAUAGAAUUGAUGAAAUUAUUACAAUAUCAUAAUGAAUUAUAUUUAAAUGCUUGUCAUUCUGUUUUUCAAAAAUUUGUUCGGAAAUUAGAUGAAAAUUAUUCAAAUUUAAAUCAAUUUAUUAAAAAUUUAGCAAAAUUUGAUUGUUUAUUAUCCAUCACAACAACUUCAACUUCAUUGAAUUAUAAAAGACCAACCUUAGUGGAUAAACAAAUCAUUGAUAUUUCAAAUGGUCGAAACCCAAUAAUUGAACAAUUAAACACUUAUGUACCUAAUGAUAUCAAAAUGGAUUCUUCAUUGAAAAAUUGCUUUAUAAUAACAGGUCCAAAUAUGGGUGGUAAAUCUUCAUAUGUUAAACAAGUUGCUCUUAUGGUUAUCAUGGCACAAUGUGGUUGUUUUAUUCCAUGUGAUUCUGCAACUUUGGGUGUUUUCAAUUCAAUUUUAACAAGAAUGGGUUCAAAAGAUGAUUUAAUUAAAGGUGAAUCAACUUUUUUCACAGAAAUGUCUCAAGUGCUUAAUGUUUUACAAAAUUCUUCCAAUGGGAAAUCUUUAAUCAUAUUGGAUGAAGUUGGUAGAGGAACCGGUACUGUUGAUGGGAUAAGUUUAGCUUCAUCAAUUUUGGAAUAUUUGAUGAAAGAAUCAACUUCCAAAACAAAUUUGAUUUUAUUUAUAACUCAUUUCCCAUCAAUUUGUAAAUUGUCUAAAAAAUAUGGGAAAAUUGAAAAUUAUCAUAUGGGUUAUAUCGAAACAAGUCAAAAUGAUGAUGGUGAUGAUAAGAAAAAAUGGCCAAAAGUUACAUUUUUAUAUAACCUAGUCAAGGGAAUUUCUAAAAAUUCUUAUGGUUUGAAUGUUGCAAAAUUAGCUUCAAUUGAUGAUGAGAUUAUUAAUGAAGCUUUUAAAAUUUCACAAAAUAGACAAUUUGAAGUGGAAAAUAGGGCAAAAGUUAAAAAUGAAUAUAAAAUUGUGGAAAUGUUUCAAAAAAUUAUGAAUGAUGAUAAAGACAUUAAUGUUGAACAAUUAUGUGAUGUUGUUGAUGAAUUAGAUUAG